AUUAGUCACUUUCUGAAUAGUCGCGCUACAGGUGUAGAUGGAUCUGUUGUCCUGUUGUUGGGGCGUGGUUUUCAUAUACAUAGCAAUCAUCAGUCAUGGAUAAAAUAAUUACAGGUUUGAUAGUCAGUAACCAUCCUGAAAGCACGAAGAUCAUACUUCUGAAGAAGUUGCGGGAUCAUAUUAGUAAACUUGAUGAAACGGAUUUUCUUAAAGAUGUUGUUUUCACUUGUAUUCAAGAUAUGCACAGUAGAAAUGAUUACUCUCAGUUAUAUAUGAGUGUAGUUUGUGAUCUAUUAAAUUCCAUUGAGUCCCAUUUGUCAGAUAAUUCUACAAUUCAUCUUUCCCAGCAGAUCACAAGUUUAUUCACCCCACUUGCUUUAAAUUCAUUUCCAGAAGCUUUGUCUACAUUCAUAAAGAAGAUUCUUGAGCGCCAUUCAGUGAUAUUCCUUCAGUCUUCCUUGGAAAAUCCAGGAUGUCUGUCAACUUUAUCUUCUGGGCUUCAGUUCGUUUUGGAUUACAAUCUUCUGAACGAUAACAAGCAGUUGUACUUUCUUAUUCAGCAUACUCUUGUCAAGUCGUCAUUGCAUAAGUCAACUUCCUAUGAUCUCUGUGAUGAUAUGUACUUGACCUUUAUAUCUAAUAUUUUUCAAGUUUUGGUAACUUUAUCUUCCCAGUUCCCGUCUGGGAAUUUUCCAUCCUAUUCAUUUGAUAUUGAACUUGUUGAGUCCAUCGCACGAUCAGUAAUUACGUUUGUUACAGAGCCAAAACUUAGUAGUUAUCAGUCCAACACAUGUAUACUGACUGAACGUGUCACUUCUUUGGUUCAGGAUGUUUUAGUCAGUUCCAGUUAUGACUGCCAUUACAUUUCCGUCGCUUCCAUGUUGUCUGAACUUCAGGAGUUUUGCUCAGACGAUUCAUUGUUGUCGGAAACUAUCUGUAAAUUUAUCGAUCAACUUAGUCAACGUCAUAUUACCAACAUUGAGACAUGUUUUACGGUAUUGCGUCGUCUAACUUUGUGGCUUACUUGGUCUGAACUAGCUACAUAUCGGUCUUCUCUAGACCUCUGGCUUAUUGGAUUUCAGUGCGAAAUGUUCAGAAGAUUUCCUCCUACUGGGUCACAGUCUUUAACCAACUGUUGGUCAGACUUCAUGUGUUGGCAAUUUAAAUUUGUUUUAGAACUCAUGGGCCGUUUGUCGCUUCCACACGAGUCAACUGUAUACGCUUUGGCCUUUUUCAUUCUCAGUGGCGACGACAAGCAUGAUCAAUAUGCUGAUGAUAUAGUCUCACACCUAGCACCUGUUUUGAACAAACUGCUUAGUAUGUAUGUUGACGACCCAUUAAAUGAAGAAUGCAAAGAUAUUCUGCUUAAAAUGUACACAAUUUCACGCUUACUUGAUCCUCUAGUUACUUCAACUAGUAAUGAUUUGUCAAGAACAUGUACACAGAAGAAGCACUUAGUUACUUUAUUAGGUAAAUUUCAUAGUCAGUUCAACGACGAAAACAGUCCUGAGAUUUGGAGUACGCGAACAAAAAUAUAUAAAUUGGAGUUUCUAACAAAGUUCGGGCCUCAGGCUGGAAUUCGUAUUCGAAAAAUAUGGGAGCGUUGGAAUUUAACCUCAACAAUCCGACUAAUUAGUAUACAUCCCACAACUGUGAAAACAAAUCGUUCAGUUGCUGGUUAUAAAGGUAUAUUAAACGUUGGAAAUACAUGUUAUGCAAACGCAGCUCUGCAAUUACUUUAUCACUGCUCCGAGUUUCGUCGGGCCUUAUUUGGAUUUCACAAAGCUUAUUCAUCGACUGGCACAGUUAUGGCAUCUUGCACUUCGUUUUCAACCAAGAUUGACUUUGUUUUGCCAAGCCAAAAUUCAAACCCAGUGAAUAAUCUCAGUUUAUCAGUAUCAGAUUUGCAUGAAAAUGUACGCUCGUCAGAUAAUGUAACGUCAUCAAUUGAACAUCAGGGUAUUUUACAUGCUCAUCUAUUUUCGCUUUUCCAGUCACUUGAUACACAUCAACUUCCAACUGUCCGUGACAUACGAGCUGUACUUACACUUACUAAACCAGCACAUUUUGUAUCUGGUGAACAACAAGAUGCAGCUGAAUAUUUAAACUACUUAUUGGAUCGAUUACAUGAAGAAGAGUUAUGUUGUAAAAAACAACAAAGUCUCUCUCUCGAUUCAUAUUGCAAUUCAUCAACUUUUACGGCUGAUCGAUAUAUUCAAUCUACAACGGACGCGGAUUUCAAACCAAAGCCAUCUUGUCCUUACAGUACAAAUAAACAGUCCUGUUCAACUGAAUCUAUACAGAACCUUGGUGAAAACACCUUAAAUGACGACUCUGGUUUAUCAUCAUCGUCGGCAGUUGCGCGUCUUUUUGGAGGUACUAUGUUAAGGCACACUUCUUGUGUAGAGUGUCAACAUGUCUCUAGUUCUAGACAAGAACAAUUUAUUUGUCUAUACGUUCCACUAACUAAACCACAAGAAUUGCUGUAUCAAGACCAGGCACCUAGUGAAAACCCAAGUUUUGUUACCAAAAUUCCUGAAGUAAGUCUGUGUCUAUCUCUUUCACAUUUCACUGUAAUUAUUCUCAGGAAUUUACUCAGUGAGCUUUAAAACGUAAGAGAACUAAAUAUUGCUCCCAUGGGAUAGCGGUUUACUUUAUGCACCUUUAUCCAUUGGAUAACAGGUUUCAAGCAACAGUCCAUUUACUUAGGUUUACGGGUGGGGUUAAGGAGGAAUUUCUAGCCUUUUCACAAUAGAUGGAAGUUCAGGACUUAUUGCAGAAAUUCGAUCGUACUUACUAAGUUACAUCAGCUUUGUGUUCAAUGUUCUAUAUAUAGAAUCGUUUCAACGGUUCCAAAUCACUGACCGAGUAGCGCGUGAAGUCUCAAAAUCAAAACAACGGAAUUCGUCUCGAAAACAGUACUGUUAGGGAAAGCCAUGUAACCUGUAAAGAUUUAUUACAGACCUCCAGUCGUGGGAUAUCCAGACUUCCGUUACACUGUCAAAGAAUUCCAAGUAGAAAGUCCAUCUAUGAUUCAUGUAACAUCACAAUUCUGUGUCGAACUUUUACUAAAAACAAAUUGGGAAGGUAUUCCCAUCAAAAAAGCUUCCGAAUGGCAGAAAAUAUGCUAUUUAUUAUAAAAAGGAGGUAGAAAUAGUAUGUAGAGUAGAAACUAAUUAAAACAUCCAAACAAUGUCAUAAAGUUGAUUGUCUUAGAGAAGUAUGUAGAAGUUUCAAGUUUGGCUAGCAGAUAUAAACUACUGAAUAUGAUUAGGGAGUAUAGUGUGUUACAUCAAAAAGACAUAACCUCCCUCUUUCUGACUCACCUUUUAUAUAUUGGCACCCGGAAAAUGUUAUAGUACAAAGUACGACUACUAUAAUUGUCCCAACGAACCCAUCACGUUGAAACUUUUCAUGCGAAGAAGUAAACUGUAGUUAAAAGAACUGUUUAGUUUACUGCAAUUUUUUUCAUCGAAUGAUACAAUUGGCUUUAAAACCAUGAACUUUGAAAGCUUGAAGCAUUAUAUUAAUAUUUUUUUAUAUCAUGUUGGUAUCAUUUCAGUCGCUAACCGAGGCUAUUUAAUUGUGACACUUUCAUUGUCCUUCUGGGUAACACCAGCAAAAACUUCAUAUAGAAAAGAAAGUCAAAUUAAAUGUGCAGACAAUAAAAUACGUCAAUCAUGUGUUGAUGAAUUCGAAUACCUCGCUCCUAUGUGAUGUUGUCAAGGAUAACAAUUUAGGCUUCACGAACAAACUAACCAGCAAAGCUAUAAAUCUCCAUCAGGAUUUCAAGUGUCACGGUUGUGAACUGAUGUCUCAUAAGCCUAGUAGUAGAUAAAGCAUUCAGCCACUAACCCAUGUUUAAAGUUUAAUUAUCGCUUCACAUUAUUUAGUGUGAACGUUCAAGUAGUACCAUCAUAUCAAUGAAGUAAAGCUCAAAACGAAGUACACAAACUUGUAUAUUAUAAAUGAGUUCUUCAAAAAGAUCUGAUAAACUCCAAGUAAAAACCUGAAUCAGUUAACCUUUUUUAUAAACAUCUACUUGAUGGAUCUUUUUACUAACUGUAAAGACUAACUACUUGGCGAAAUCGGGCUUUAAUUUAGUGACAAAUCGAUCAGAUUCAUGGUAGCAACUCUUGAAUUUUUACUUGAAAUCCGUUGAUCUAUAUAACUAACUAGGAUUUCGACACUGUAGUUCUCAGUUCGUAAUGAAAUACCUGAAACUAAUUCAUAAUCCUUGUUUGAAUGCAGUAAGUGUUCGGCGUUCCUCGUGGUCACUUUACUAUUACUCGUAAAUUAUAGUCUCACUUCUGUGCAUUUAUGGUUGCGCGAAAAAAAGUACUUCUUUAACUGGUAUUUUUGAUGAUAUCAUUGUGAAUGUGUCGUAAAAGAUAGUUCUGAGACUUCAGUGAACGAUGCACUUUUCACUGUGCUGAUCUACAGGAUGUUUUUAUAAUCUUCUCAUCCUCUUUGUUCAUCUUCCAUCUUUCCUACUACCAUUGAUAAUGUCACUACUUCUACUUCCCUGUAAUUUGACCUGAUGAUUUCAUCUCGCUGUACUAACAUGAUGUAGCAAAUUGGACCCAUACACUUAUGGUCUGAAUUCGAUUUGGCAAAUAAUUACUGUUCAUCGGAUAAAUGUUGUCAAAGGACAGCAUAAUUGGACAGAUUUAACGUACUUAUUGACAAGAGUACAUAAAAGGUUAAUAUUGUCCACUGUCACUUUAAACGCAAGUAAUUGGUAAUUUCGAGUUUUGUAAAUUAUUAACACGCUAAUUUUAUCUCGACCUUACUAUGAAAUUUAGUCCGUUCCUAUCAUAUUGAAAUAUCUUUAUUUCAACUUACAUCCUAUGUUCUUAUGGAAUAAGACAGCAACCUUUUAUUUGUUUUCUGAUUCGAAAUUUCUGUUGUUGACAAUGAUAGUAUUAUGAAACACUACUGCUGAAUAGUACUUGUCUUGGCCUUUUCUUUUUUACGAAACCAAAUUAUUCAGUUGUUUUAUUUAGUCUAACAUCAAGUACACAUACUUUACGUGCUUUUUAUUGAUCACUACAGUCCAAUGAUUCGGAACUAGUGGAAGAAGAAAUUACCGAACCUGGAACAGAUUUGUCUACUCUAAUACAAACACAUUUUACUCGAAUUGAACAUGUUGCUUCAUCAACAAAAUGUGAAUCAUGUGGUAAACACACGGUUCAAGCUAGAUCCUUAAAAUUACAGCAGCUUUCAUCACAUGUGUUGAUUUGUCUAAAUGUUUUUAAAUAUUCUCGAGUUAAUCAAACAUGUUCAAAAAUUAUGCAUCGUGUCCAUAUACCAGAACGCUUAUCAGUUACAGUGUCAUCUUCAAACACAGAAGCCUAUACGUACAACGAUAUCUCUGCAACAAAUGAUUCUGCUAAAUCUAAAUUCACUUCCAGAACUUAUAGUCUACAAGCAAUGAUUUUGCAUAGUGGCUUAUCAGUUAGUUGUGGUCACUACACUUGUGUAGCUAAAGUUGGUAUGCAGUGGAUAUUGUUUGAUGAUGAUAAUGCUGAUUAUACAACAUUAGAAGAUAUUUACUCUGAAUCUUUAAACACGCCUUAUCUCUUACUGUACAGUCAAACUUAGACAUAGAGUUCUCAUCUCUAUUCUUGUCGUUCAUUUUUAUCUUCAGUUCAAAAUGAAUAUGUACUUCAUUAUGUUCCUAAAGAUUUUCCUAGCAAUUUUUUUCUACCGAACGCUUUAAUUCCACAUGUAACUGUAGUUUCUAAUUUCACUGUAGAUUCUGUUUUUCAAGAUUCAUCUAGUUAUUCAGUAAAUCAAAUGAUGAAGAUAGUGUUUUAUUGUUCGCAGUAUCUUAAACUGUACAGUUAAUUUCAGGAAUUGUUGAGAAAUUAAAAUCUCAUUGUACGUUG